AAAAAACUGUGAAAUAAUCCACCACCACAACCUGAAAGUCAGUUGAGCAGCAUCAACAGAGGUUGCCUUUUCGUAUCUGAUCUCCCUCGGUAAGGCUGAGAAUAAAUCUUAAAAGAGGGAAGCAUCAAGAUGGCGAGCGGUGAAGACAGAGCUACCACUACCAUUAAUCACAUUGUUGACCGGACCCUUUAUGAUGAUUCAAGCCAAGAAGGAACAGAGGAACAAACUUUAGAAGCUUUACAGGAACAGCUUCUUGAAAAAGAGAGAAAGAUCCAGCGGUUGACAGAUCAGCUCUCAAGGUCACACCAAGUGCACAUCAAGGGCCUCUCACAACCAGUACAGCGAGUCCAGAAUGACAUCGUCAUCCUCAUUGACUCCAAUGGCAGAUUCAUAAGUGAGACAAAACUUUUCCCCAGGGACAAAGUGGUUAAAUUCGAUUGCCCAAAUACUCAAAAAGCCAUUGAACUUCUGUCAGAGGAGCAUUUGGGAACCCCGACCCAUAUCAUCAUCCACACGGGCUCCAGUCAGCUGAGGAGAGAGCAGGACAGACUGUCAGAAUCUCUGAAAGGAGUCAUAGAGAAAGCUUCCAACACUUUCCCUAACAGCAGAGUUGUCAUGUCAGCCCUACUUCCAAUGAAAUACAUGCACACUGACACCAUCAACAAGAUCAACAUCAAACUCGAAAAGGAGUGUGAGAAGUUGCCUAAUGUCCACUUCGCCAAACACUCUGAGCUAGAUGUAACUUCUCUUUAUGAUGACAUCCAUCUGUCAAAACACAAAGUCCACAUUUUUGCCCAGAAAUUGAAAGAUUUGGCUCUUGACAGAUACCCAUCCACACACCAAAGAAAUGUCCAGGGAAGAAGCAGCUCAAUCAAUAAUUUUUAUUUUAAUUUUAAGUGAUCCUAAGAUCUAGUUUAUUUGGACUCUGCAUCAAGGCUGUUAAUGGAGGUUAAAAGUAACACAUAAGCAAAGACAAACACAAGAAGCCAAGUCUAAUUAACAAACAGUAACUGAGUGAACUGUCAAAGAAAGAAGAAUGAAGAAAUGUGCCCAAUUACUAAAAGCAAAAUAAAUAAAUAUAUAAAUUAAAUAAAAAUAAAGCCAAAGAAGAACCAAAAAGAAUCUUAGAAUCCAGGACCAGGACUCUUUUUGUCGUUGUUGCUGUUUUUUAAUAUGACAUUUUAGUCUCAGUUCCUCUUUCAUUUUAAAGUUUUAGUUUAAACACUAGGCUGUGCCACUUACAAUAAAACAUGGUUUUACAUGUGCUUAUAACUUUUCCUCUUUUUCAUAAAUGGAGGUUGCAUUUAUUUGGUUUAAGAGACUUUUACAUUCAUUUUUUCUUAUUUCCUAAAGUAUAUUUUACUAGAUUUUGCAAGAGAAAAUGUAUCCAAUUUCGUGUCAAUGACAAACCAAUACACAAGUCACCACUGAGCAGGCAGUUGAAUUUUAUAUUAAUAUUUUAGUUCAUAAAUAAUUGCACAAAUGGUUAAGGUUAAGGAUGUUAUGGUUAAGGACGAUCUUGAAUAAAAUAGUCCCUUUUACUUGUGUGUAUUAAAAAAACAAACAAAAAAAAGGCACAAAAGACAAAAACACAAAGAGGAUAAUCUAAACAGAUGUAUGUAUCCCCCGCAUGAAAUAAAAUGUUCUAGUUUUAGUCACUUCAAAGCAGAUGAAAUAAUAUUUUAAAUACAUUAUUUUCUUCCCAAAAGCAAACUUUUUACAUAAUGACAGACUAGUUGGGAGAUUUGAACUAAAUUGUUUAUUCAACAAAUAUAAUGUUUGAGAUCUUUAUUUUUUGUUGGUACAUCCCUGAAUUUAAUUACAAUAAACUUGGUUCAAAAAGGCAGAAAAGAUGAUAAAAAUCUAAUCAAUUCAAAACUAAAGACAGUAGGUGUCACUUUUUUUUGUUUUCUUCAGAAGUUGUUACAGCAAUUUUCAACUCAUCAGGCUAUAAUGAACCACCUGCUCUCACAAGUGUCUAUUUCAUCACAUUACAAGGAAAAAGUCAAAAAGUUUAUUCUUGACCAAAAUAGAUACACAAGGUAAAAAUAUACAUUAUAGAUCCAGUAUGUUGAUCUUCAUUGUUAUGAUAUUACAUAACAGAAAAAAUACUUUGCAGAAUGGUUGCCAAUACACGACCUAAACUUAACAGAGUAAUUUUGUUGCCUUACAAUUGUAAAACAAAAGAAAUGUAAUAAAAGUCUUCCACUCAUGUCAUUUGAGUCCCCGAGACACCUCUCUACCAUCUAUAUGAGGCAUUUUCUUUCUUCAUGAUAUUCUGUUCUUUUGGUUAUCAUUUCCUCUCAGAGCAUUGUGCAGACUCCCCCAGAACUGCUCCCUCUUCUCUUCCUCCUGUGGCUACUCUAGGUAGCUGGUGGAACUCAACAUUUUGCACAGGUUGUAGAAGCGUUUGGGGACGUCAUCCUUGGACAACGGCCCUAUUAGGAUCAAAAUGGCCGCCUCACCAGUGUUACAAGGUACCUUUGAUGGGCAAGGUACCCACCUAGGUUGAAGGGACCUCGUGGCAUCUUGUAAUCGAAAUUACCAAGUCCCGAAAGUUUGGGAUGAAUUCAUUACAUUUAUGUCAUAUUCCAGUUGAUGUUUCAAGUGACAAUGUACAGCUGUCAAAUUUGGGUAAAUAUAAGUAGAUUAUUAAGUAAGAUAUAAAUCAAAACUACUAUAACCCUGUGAGGUGUAAAAUAUGCUGUGUUAGCUGAUGAUCCUCCCAUAUCAGCCAAUCAAUAACAACAGGCUAUAGCUUUCUUGAGAGGUCAGGGUUGUAACAAUUUUGAGUAGAUAUUUUUCUAAUGAGGAUCACCACAGUAAUAUACAUUGAAAAACAGCUGUACGCACAUUUGAUUCUGUAUUAAACUAUCAUUUUAAAAAUGCCAGAGGUUCUAUUUGUUCAGAAAAAUUACACUGAAACCUUUAUUUACUUAUGAACACAGUAAUGGCUCUAUGGACACCUUGGCUGAAUGCAAAUAAUAUCACAUAAAAACUGCUGUACUUUCCACCCAGCCUGUAAAACAGCCUGUUUGACUUUAGCCGUUAUUUUCAAUAAAUUGCAUAUUCAAAAGAU